CAAAUAAUGCAUUUUUGGAGAAUAUAUAGACAGAACACUUAGAGAGGGAUGUGCACCAGCCCAGACAGUUGAUUUUGGGGUUAUAGAGCAGAGAAAGACGUGCAUUUGAUCACUUUGGGUAGAUAUCGUAAAUACUUUGUAUUGCGAAACUGAUCAAAUCCAGUAGGUGGCGGUAAUGCGCCACAAACAGAUGCUAACCGCUGUGUAAGGCAACAGAAGAAGAAGAAAAACCAGUUUCUCCAAAAUGGCGACUGUGGAUCAAAGAGAAGGUCAGGAUGACCCCGGUCAGGACGAGAGUGAAGAAGAGGUUUACGAGGUGGUGGACCUGACAGAAUAUGCACGGAGGCACCAGUGGUGGAGCAGGGUGUUUGGGAACAACUCCGGCCCCAUUGCUGAGAAGUAUUCUGUGGCCACACAGAUCGCCAUGGGAGGGGUGACUGGAUGGUGUGCUGGUUACCUCUUCCAGAGAGUCGGGAAGAUAGCUGCUACAGCUGUUGGCGGAGGGUUCCUUCUUUUACAGAUUGCCAAUCACAGCGGCUACGUGCAGGUGGACUGGAAGAAGGUGGAGAAGGAUGUGAACAAAGCAAAGAAGCACCUGAAGAAGAAAGCAAACAAAGCAGCCCCUGAAAUAAACACAUUCAUUGAGGAGGUAAAGGCCACAGACUUUAUAAAGAGGAACAUCGUCUUGUCCAGCGGCUUCGUCGGCGGCUUCUUCCUGGGUUUGGCCUCCUAAAGCUGCUGCCUGCGCUGCUGCAUCUACUUACUGUGAAUCUCAUCACUGCAUAGGUCACCUUCCUUUCCAUUGUUUACCUCUGGGCCCUGCGUGUGCAUCGAUUCACCUUUUAACAAACUGAACAGGCGGGUGGGGUUAUGUUGAACAUUAGGCAUGAUCUGUUGUGACAGUGGUAUUACUGUAUUUUUCUCCACCUAAAUCAACCCAAGCUAGUAAUUUCCUUUUUGGAGGGCACAUUCUGAGGUGUGUGUGGAGUGGAUUAUACUGUGAAAACUCUCUGCUGUGGGACCUGUAAUGGAUCCGCUGAAUAUGUCAAGCUGCCACAAACUAGCACAGAUUCCUCGUUGCUUUUCAACACUGAUCUGAGUCGAGAUCGUCCAUCCCCUCAUUGUGUAGUCGCCUGGUGGACGCUGAUCUCAGAUUGUUAGAAAUGGGCGUGUGUGGGUGCCAUUGUAAAUACAUAGAUGACCCCUUUUGAGAGGUGUAGAUAUUAUAUAAACAUGGGAAGCAGCAGUGGGAAGUUAACACCAUCCCCCAGUCUAGUGCUUUUUAAUAUAAAGUUUAUGUGCCAUUUAGCAUGUAAGCAAACACAAUUCAGCUUUUAAAAUUUGUCACACUGACUGGGGGUUUAAACAAAGUUAUUCUCCCACUCUGAGCAGACCUUGUGAUUAAUAUACAACACAUAUCACAAGCAUAAAUCACAACUAAAUGUUACAUUUAUGUGUGUUGUCUUACUUUGCACGGACAAAAAGGAGUAUUAAAUCCUUUGUUCCCGUAAUCCCCGGCUCCGCAGUGGCCUUUAAUGACAGGACGAGCAUCUGCUGUACCCUAAUUACCAGCGCCACAAGCUAGACGCCAAACGCGACACCAGUCCUGUCAUUAAAGAGCACAAUGGAGCAGCGAUUGUGACUCCCACUCCCUCGCUAUUGUCGUUGUGCAUUUAGCGGUGUCAGUGUAGCAAUAAGACAACAGAGAUGCUGCCGAGUUGUGCAUAUUAUCAACAUAGGACGUCCACGCAUAGGAGUCCACUAAAGACGAUCACAAGAUGCUUAUUUUGUUUUUUGCCUUUUUCUACCAGUGCAAUAUACUGUAAGGUUAUUUUUUGACAGCUUGUUAUGUGUCCAACUGGCGUUUUGUAUGCUCAUAUUCCCUCAUUGUUUCUAUUUAAUGUUACUUUGUUAUCUGAGCUGUUUGAACUUGGUUGUGUGUCUCUUUUAAAUAAAGUUGCCUAAUUUUGUUUUCAACUAAAAAA